AAGUGAUAGCCAUUGGAAAUCAAACUGCCCCUGAGUAUUAAGACCUUAUUUGUUCUCUCUUUCUCCCAACUGAAAGGAAAAUGGCAACCAUAUCUACUACCACCUUCACCUCAUCAAUCACCCCUGCACUCAAGCCAUCAGCAAGGGUUGCAUCCCCAGUUGCCAUUGGGUUUCCUGCAAUUGCAAAGAAGGGGAAAGUGAUGUGCUCCAUGGAGAAGAAGGGUUCAGGGGAGGAGAAUGGGUCAACCAUGGGCAUGAGAGCAUCAUUAUUGGCAGCAGCAGCAGCAGCCUGUGCAGCAACGGUGUCAAGCCCCUCAGCCAUGGGUCUGGUGGACGAGAGAAUGUCCACAGAAGGGACCGGACUUCCCUUUGGUUUGAGCAACAACCUUCUUGGGUGGAUACUGUUUGGUGUAUUCGGCUUGAUUUGGGCACUUUAUUUUGUUUACACUUCCUCCCUUGACGAGGAUGAUGAUUCUGGAUUGUCGCUCUAAGCCAACCUUUUAUUAUUAUUAUUAUUAUCAUUUUGGUGUAUGUUGUUCAUUGCAAUUUGAAAAUAUCAUGUUGAAAGGGAAUAGGUAGAAAAAUCAAAAGAGUUUGGCUUUCCUAA